CCCAUCGGAGAGACCGACGACGCAUAGCUCACAUGGCCAUGGCCGCUCCAACUCCAAGCGCAUCCUGCUGCCUCGUAGGCCCCGUCCCGUUCAACGACGUUGUCGGGGCCGAAGACGACGACCGCAUCACCCCGCCCGAAGGGUACGGGCACAUCAUCUCCACCUUGCCGACCAUCGGCAUUCUAGGCCGCUUUGUGCACCACCAAUACCAGGGCGCUUGGCUGCUCCACGAGAGGAUCCCUGGGGUCCUCUCUUUCCAGCGGCGCUUCUCUCCGCGCCCCGGCGACGUGCUCCUCACAAGCCCGCCCAAGUGCGGCACCACGUGGCUGAAGGCCAUGGCCUUCGCCACCAUGGGGCGGGCCGCGUACCCGCCCACCGCCGCCGACCACCCGCUCCGCCGCCUGAACCCACACGAGUGCGUCCCCUUCAUCGACGAUCUGUUCAGCGCAGGACACGAUGCCAAGCUGGAGGCGCUGCCGUCGCCUAGACUCCUGAGCACGCACAUGCAACACUCCCUGCUGCCCGCCUCCCUUGCUGAAAACCCCAACGCAAAGAUCGUCUACAUCUGCAGGUUUAGUGGCUUCAUACUCCCAUCAACAUCACGCGCAUGUUAAUAAAUUAGGAAAAUUAUACUGUCAUUGUGUUCGUUUGAGAUAUCCACAUGACUUUCAAACUUGAUCACCGAUCAAUAAUUUCCACCAAAUCAGCUAGGCUGUUUCAAUUGAACAAAUUAUACAUUAUGAAAUGAUAUACACCCAUUAAUAUAGGCAUAAUAUUCGUUACGUUGUUAUCAUUUACUGCAAUGAUGGUUAUCUAAGACAAUUCUAAGAAUCUUACCUACCUCAUAGUCCCUCCAUUCUAUAAUAUAAGGUGCAUUAAUUUUCGUGCAAGUCAAACUUAUGUUGUACAACCACCUAACUUCAAAAGCAUGGAAAAUUUUUAGUUGGCGUCCAAUUACUUUAGAGGAAAUGGAAAUAUAAACUUCCACGUGCAGGGAGCCCAAGGAUAUGCUGGUGUCCAUGUGGCACUUUGCCAAUACAAUUCACCCAUGCCACUUCUCCGACCUCUUCGAAUCUACUCCCUCCGUUCCUAAAUACUUGUCUUUCUAGGCAUUUCAACAAGUGACUACAUACGGAGCAAAAUGAGUGAAUCUACACCCUAAAAUAUGUCUACAUACAUCCGUAUGUAGUAGUCAUUUGAAAUGUCUAAAAAGACAAGUAUUUAGGAACGGAGGGAGUAUAUGCGAGGGCAAGAGCACAGACGGCCCCAUGUGGGACCACCUUCUCGGUUACUGGAGGGCAAGCAAAGCCAAUCCGGGGAGGGUAUUGUUCCUUAGGUACGAGGAGGUGCUGCUCAAUCCGGUUGAUAGUGUCAUAAAACUGGCACAGUUUCUCAUGGUGCCGUUCUCGGCCGCCGACGAGGCGGUAGGGUUGCCGGCAGACAUCGUGAACUUGUGCAGCAUCAAGACAAUGAAAGGACUGCAAGUGAACAAGACGGGUGCGUCCGGGCUGUUUUACAAGUUCCCACAUGAAUCCUAUUUCAGGAAAGGGGUGACCGGAGACUGGGUGAAUCAUAUGACACCAGAGAUGGCGCAACGCUUAGAUGCCAUUGUGGAGGACAAGCUCUAUGGAUCAGGUCUGUCUUUCAGUUCUUGAAACGGCCACGAGGAAUACAACAAACCUGGAUUUGGUAUUCACUCCACUUGGUUUCUCUGGGUCGUCAUUUUGUUGUUCUGCAGCGUGAAAUGUCCCACCGACCCGACUAAUUCGGCUGUGCUAAAAGGCAACUGCUUGCGCUUUUGUUUUUCUUACUUGUAUGGAAGGGUGUUUCGGUUGCAUUUGUAAUAAAAUUGCAUAUUUGUGGUACCAACAACCUCAGUUUGGGUCCUCUUUUGUGUUUUA